GGGCUCCACAACCAUCCCUAAGUUACGAACUACCUGUGCCAUCUCAUUAGUCUAAUAAAGCAUGCUACAAACUGGUGCCCAAUCGCCGCGGUGGGAAGAACCUCAUCUUCCAGGGGCACAUGUACUCCGUGGAACAUUUUCGGCACCGUAUUGUUUGCCGACAGAACGGAUUUACGAUAAUCGAUGGCUACCGCUUCGUGAUCGGCACUACAAAUCUGCGUCGCACCUAUUUGAAGUGCGCCAACUUUCGCAGCAACUGCCGGGCACGGGCCAUAAUAAAUAGGGACACGAACAAAGUGCGGAUGAGGCAUGAGGGCCACAAUCACAGCCGUAAGGAUGCGGUGAGCGGACGUAGCUCUAAGAAGUAGCAGAUAACUCAAAGCUAGCCCAGUAUGUGCGCUCCAACCGAGGAACCGAUCUUGUUUACCACGAAGGAAACACAUACACACCCAAUGAAAAGCUGAGGGAGGGACAAAAGAGUCGGGACUGGAAGUGCUCAAUGUACCA